UGUAAACCUUUGCACCGUAAUAAUAAAUGCACUCCCACUCCAUCGUUUUAGGAAAAGGAAGCACGGAACUAAACUUUUUUGUUAUUAUUUCCUUUUGCAAAGUCGGAUUUCCCCAAGGCAUGCUGUCUAUAAAUAUUGAGACGAUCGAAAAUAUGGCCCAGAACGAACUAGACGCGUGGAUUUACUGUCAUCUCCAGCAAGUCCUGUUUAAUCAGAGAUGUUGAGGGUUUUACUAUAUACUGUCCUGUUGCUUACUUUGAAUUUGAGCAAGUUGAUACAACCAAAGAAGCACAAGGGGUGUUUUACAUUGGAUGAGAUGAAGCACCACGCGAAAAAGUUUUUACGGAAGAAUCUACGGCUGCCACCGGAGUCCUUUGGCCACCCUCAGCAGGAUCACCUGGCCAGGGAUUUCUGCUCCAGCUUCAAGCUGCAGCCACUGUCGACGAGUUACAGCAAUCGCUCCAUCUCCCCUUGGCGAUAUAGAAUGGACCAUGAUGAGGCGCGGUACCCUAGCGGCAUUGCGUUCGCUGAAUGCCUUUGCGAUGGCUGCAUCAUUAACGGGUCUGAGGACACGAGCUAUAACUCCGUAGUAGUGAAGCAGACGCGCAUGGUCUUGAAAAGAACCCGGUGUCCCCAAAAUCCCGACAGAUAUUCAUUCGAGAGCAUGUUUCUGGAUGUACCCGUGGCUUGUACAUGCGUCAUACCACCACAAUGAUCUUCUACAGAAUUGUUUUUUGUUGUUGUUAAAAAGGAAACAACCUCUAGGGACUUUUCUUGUAGUGUGAUGUGUUCAUUUUAAAUACACUAAAAUUGUUAAUACCAUUACUAUAGUUAUUUUUUGUUAACUUUAAUAUUUUAUGAAUCCACGUUUUACAUGGAUUUUAAGGAAUGCACAACUAAUUGUCUACUUGUUGUUGUCAACUGUUUGGAGAAAGGUCCUAUUAUAUUUUAUUAUUACAAUUUCUCCAUCAUUCGAGUUAAGUUAUUUGACAAAAUCGCAAAAAUGACUGUGUUGUGCCUGUCGUUUUUUUAAUUAUUAUUGUUAUUAUUAUAAUUUUUUACAAAUUGUAAUGUUUCGUGUGAAUAUUUAUUUGUACUGUCAAUACUGUUCAGUAACUGGCUCAGGAAUCGAAAAGUGUCAAUUCCAUUAAGAGUUAAACUCUAGAUAAGCUCUGCAAAAGCAGUUGCCAUUGUCAGCUCAUGGACUACUUUUGCGAAUUACUCUCAGUGCCAUUAUAUUAAAAUUAAAACCAAUGCUUAUAUACAGAUAUAUUUCAGCUCUGGUGUCCUCGGUGUUUUCUUUCAUCUAUACACCCAUCUUUCCAGCGAUUGUC